CAACAGUCUCGGCCUCUCCUCCCGGCUUCCUCACACGGCACUCCAGCCGCUAGCCCUCACUCAACCAGACAACCAGUACACCACCGCCACCAAGCCCGGGCCGAAUAACUCUGCCGGGCAACCGCCGCCCUUCGCCGGCAAAGAACGCCCACCAGAUCCACCCCGGCCUGCUAUGGAGUCCGCGGUGAACCCGAAGGCGUACCCGCUGGCUGAUGCGCAGCUGACGAUGGGUAUCCUCGAUAUCAUCCAGCAGGCCGCCAACUACAAGCAGCUCAAGAAGGGAGCGAACGAAGCGACGAAAACCCUGAAUAGGGGGAUAUCGGAGUUCGUUGUGAUGGCGGCGGACACGGAGCCUCUCGAGAUCCUGCUCCACCUCCCCUUGUUAGCCGAGGAUAAGAACGUCCCAUAUGUAUUUGUUCCAUCGAAACAAGCUCUUGGCCGUGCUUGUGGUGUGACAAGACCCGUCAUUGCUUGCUCAGUGACCAGCAAUGAGGGUAGCCAGCUGAAACAACAGAUACAGGGUCUCAAGGACUCGAUUGAGAAGCUUCUCAUCUGAUUUACCUAAGAUCUUUCAGUGUGAUGGGCCUCGGCGACACAUUUUUCAGAGGCUUGGACUGGUGAUGGUGUCUUGUUUACAUUACGCUUUCCAAACUAUAUUUGAACACUGCUAAGUCAAUCAUAUUUGAAUUGUGCUUCACUUUAUAUUUGUGAUUGUCAUGUAUCCUCAAGAUGCCUCUGUAUCGUGGUGGCUGGUUUCUGUUCUGGAUCCGACCACAUCAUUGUGAUGGCUGAUUGCUAUGUUUUUGAGUA